CACACACACGCAGCUGAAGGGAGGGAGGUCCAGCCCCCAGCAGCAGACCCAUUCUUCUGCUGCUGGAUUUUUCCAGCCAGAGCAUCUUGCUGGCACUGCUGUAAUUUAUGGAAAUUGGUUUCUGACGUGGGGCUUUUUCUGUUACGACAGGGACCCACUGACUGGAGGAGGCAGAGCUGCAGUCAGGGCAGGAGAAGAGGGAGGGGAAGAGGUGGGGAGCAGAAGGAAGCUGGGAUACUGGAGAGAACAGAGGGAGAAAAAAACAGAGACACUUCAGAGAUAGGUGAGUUAUAACCAAGAGAGCAGGGAGAAAGGGAGAGCAGGAGUGCUGUGGGAAAGGAGCUCAGAGCCUCAGGAGGACAAGCGUCAGGAUACAAGUACAAGGAACACCCCAUCAUCUCAAAAAGGACCUGUUCUGUCUGAGUCAUCACCAUGAGCACACGGAAGAGCUGCCCUUUGCCACUGGGGCAAGGAGACAGAGAGGAAAAGGAGAGUGGGGGUACUCCAGACCUGGAGCCACAGGAGUGUGAGCUGGAGCUGAGGAACAAAGCUAUUCUGCAACAGAAAAGGCGCCUUAAACAGGCCACACAAUUUGUGCACAAGGACUCUGCUGACCUGCUGCCCCUGGAUGGUUUGAUGAGGCUUGGUACCUCCAAGGAUCUGCAGCCACAUAGCGUGGUCCAGCGGCGCCUCUUGGAAGGCAAUCUGAACAAGCUGCGGGGCGAGACAAGGGUUCAAUCUACAUGGGUUCAAUCUCCGCUGGCAAAAGACCAGGAUGAAAAGAUGGAAAAGGGAGAGGACAGGAGAAAAGAGACUCCACUCCUGCUAAUACAGUGCCAGUGCCAAGGUCAGAUAUUGAAAGCAACUGUUAACACGGGAUGUCAACCGAAUCUCAUCUCCAAGAGCUGUUUAAAACAGCUGGGGCUAGAAGAGGUGUCUGUCAUGGACUGUGGAGAUCUCUCUCUUCCCAUCCCCAGCGUUGUUGGCCGAGUAGAACACGUGGAGGUGCAAUUUGGCCAGGAGACAGUGCUGUGUUCAGCACUGGUUGUAGAUGAUGAAAUGCUGGAGUUUUGCAUUGGUCUCCAGACCCUGUUGUCUCUCAAGGUAAGGAGUAAACUUCUUGCUUAUUGCAGGGCUCCUCUCAAUGAGUCCUCCAAGGUUUGGUUGCUGGAAGCAUCAGAAAUGCUCAUACCUAAGCCUUGUGGAGUGCCACUUGCACUGCUCACUGCACAGCUCCCUGGCUGACUGCAGUAUGCUCUGAGUCACUGAUCCCUUUCUAGUCCCUCUUAAAAGGGACUAAUAAAGGAUUCACCCCAUAGGACACUAUAGCAUCUCCAUUCUUGGUAUUUCUCACCACAAUCGUUGGAAAUGAGAAGAUGAAAUCGAAGAGGAAGAGACUGUAAAACUGAGGGCACAAUGUGCCACUUGAGUUAUAUCUAUAUGGCCUUUUGCAGGUAGACAUGAACAAGCUCUGUCCUUGCUUUGAGCCAAAUGAAGCUGUAUGGCCACAUCCAAUGUCUUCUCCUUUUGUCAGCUCAGAUCAGGUUUAGUGCUGAGAUCAGCCUGUCUCCUGGGCAGCACAGAACAUGGCCUCAGCAAGCUCGCUUCUGCCUGCCAAAUAUGUAGUCACAUGUUGGGACUCAUAAAGCAGGAAAAGUAUUGGGCUGAAAGGCUGAGUGGUGUGAGGACACAACCCCAGAGGGAGUAAAACUGGAGGAAGGGAGGAGGAUGGCCCUGUGGAGAGUUUGGAGGGGAACCCAAUGGGGGGAAUCGGAGCCAGGAGGUAGAGCCAUGGCAGGGAGGGGGAGCUAUGAGGCCUCUCUAAAUCCAAAGGGGGGAUGUUUGAUAAUUCUCCAGCUUCUUUCCAGUCACAGACAUCAUGAGAAUGAGGUACUUGCUAUCUGAAAUGUACAGCGAGUAACUGGCUCUCCCCUUCUUAGUGCUGCAUCGACUUGGAGGAAGGAGUCCUGAGAUUUAAAGCAUUGAGUCAAGAGCUGCCUUUCCUACAUGCCUCUGAGGAGCUUGGUCAGUGACUGGCUGCAUACCCCACUGCUGGGGGAGUGAGGAAACUUGCCGCCGUAUCAGAGAGAUGAGGGGGAGAUUCACAUGCCCCUAACCUUGCUGAGUUCUGGGCUGAGGCAUUCAUUGGGGAGUGAGAAAAAGGCAAAUGGGAGCUGGAAGCUGUUGUUGUUGGGAAUGCCUCUUCUUUGAAGAGUUCUCCCCUCUUUCAGUGAACCCUCCUGCUUGUCCCCAUGUGCUGAGUGGGCACUUUAUUCUUGUUUUUCUAUCUGUCCUCGAUCCCUCCAAUUUCUGUUUCUGCACUAAAUUCACCCUACCCUUUUAAUAACGUCUUUUUACAAUGCACUCCAUUCAUGAGACAAGGGAGAGUCACUUUGAACAAUCUCCAGUCAUUCCGUGGACAGGGAGGUGGUGCUUUCUCCAAAAGCUUUCAGAGAUUGCUAUGAAUGCUUCCCUUUACUCUCUGCCUUGAUGAGUGGAGUCCAUUCCCCUUGCUUUGUGGGAAGAGGUCUGUGGCCAGUCCCCUCACCUGCAGACUGGGAAGCUGGAUUUUGUUUCUUCUUGCUGGCUCAGAGAACAGAAGGAUUUUCUUGAAAAAACUUGCAACAAGAACAAUGUCAGAGUUCUUAACUCUAAGAAACCUUUGUAGAAAUGCUGAGCUUAGAUGCCCAGAGAACAGUGAAUGCUCACAGAUGCUACAGCUUUGCCAGUGCAGUCUUGCUACUAGGCUAUAUUAGUGUGAAUGGCAAUGCUUAGCAUGUCUUGUUAUACACAGUAAUCAGACUUGCACACCCUAUUCUUCUGACCAGGCCUCUCCCCUCUGCACUCCAGCUGCUAGAGCUGCAUUCCUAUCAAUCACCUCUGCUGCAUCAUCAAACUGAGUUCCUGCCAUUCGGUUUAAAUGCUGUGAUGAAUUACAGCACCUAGUGUCUUCUGCUCUGUCAGCUCCUUUCUUUCAACUUGAAAUCUAGUGAUUGGACACAGAUAUAUCAUCAACCUCAAGCCCUGGCAUCUCACAGCCUUUGGUAUUCCUUUGGUACUUUGGUACUCCUGCAUAAAACCAGAGAACUAAACUUUCUUGUAGUAUCAGCUCAGGUCAGAGAACUGUGGACUCAGCUGGGUUGAACAAGAUGGAUAUGAAGUCACUUGGUUUUUUAUCAUUUGCAUCCAUAGCUGUGUGAUAGAUAUAUUGUCUAUGUUUACUACCUCUAGGAAGGAUGCACCAAGACAGCUUGCUCCAUGCCUGGAAAUGAUCACAACUGAUAUUUUUCAUAAUAUUUAGCACAAGUUUUUCCAUAUCACACUUGAAACCUAAUGAAGUCAUCUCCUCCUCAUGACUACUGAUUCUCUAUCCAAUCUCUCCACAAUAUCCCUUUAUCCUCCCAUAGAAUAUCAUGACAUUCUCAUUUUGCCUGUCAUCCUGGAUUAAACAUUGCUGGCUCUCUUCCUGCCUUAUCAAACCUCUCAUUGUUGCUGUUGUGCUUUUUAAAAUACUUGUGGUUGCUUCCCUCCCCCCUCCCCCCCAAGUUCUUUCCUAAACCAGAUGCAGGACUCUAGUUUAACACAUGGUAAAACCAGUGGAGUUACUCCCUGGCUGAUAUAGGUGACACACUUACUAAUAUGAGCUGCUGUGACUGGCAUCUGCCUCUCCUAAAAGCAGCCUCAGACUGGUGACUUUUAUUGUUAGUCAUAUCCUCCAGCUUCUGAUCUGUUGCUUGGCUUCUGAGCCAUUCUUCCACUUGCGCAUCUGAUUAUUUCUCCCUGUGUGAAUUGCUUUUCAUGCGCCUCUUGAAUGACACCAGUAGUUCAGAGUUUUCUCUCAUGUGUAUCCACACCCAUGGGCUUCUUGAUGAUCUUGUCUCCCAAAGUACCAGUAAUCCCUUCUGGAUUUGUAUCACCUGCAUGUCUGACUGCUUUCUCAAGUCUAGGGGUCUUUAAUGACAGUUCACAGUUGUACUGGACCCGUACUGCAUGCCAGCUGGAAUCCACCUGGUACCUAGGUCACUGUGCUGAGAAAAUCUUGUUUGUGUUAGAUGAGACACUUGCUCCUAUGUUCCUAUAUGUAGUAACUCACUCAGCUUCUGGCUCUUGCUUCCCUCUAAAAAUAGCAUGGGGAACUAUGGCAAAGAACCUACUAAAGCUGACAAAUAGCAUGUCUAUUGCAUCUCAUUAUUCAUUAACCUUCCUGUUAGAAACAAAAAAUAAAAAUCAAGGAUCUUCCCCAAAUCAGACUGAACCUAACAGAAAUCCUUCCAUUCAUUUAAGGGGUGCUGGAUUGGAUCCUAUAGAAAGUUGGCACAACUGCUACCUGUCACUUACAGCCCUGCAGAUGCUUGCACAUGGGCUGCUGCUGAAUUCACCAGGUGCUGUUCUCACAUAUCAGUCUUGGCAUACAUUUUUUUGCUCAUCUUCAGAACAUACUCCAGUCCUUCUGAAGCCUUUCUGGGAUUCACAUGCCUCAAUUCUUAAAUCACUGGAAGUUCAGAUUCCUCUGCUAAUUAAUGUGCUAUGGCAGGUGGAAAUAUCCGGCUUUGCCUAUCUCUUCCUCUGCUCUCUGCAUAAUGAAUCCCUCUUGGCAUCCUCUUUAUCUCCGCCCAAGUGAGCUAUUCACUCUCCCACACUAGUAAGUAACAAAUUUGCUCUUUCCAAAAGGAGUCUUUUCCUUCUUUAGAUAAUCCUUUUAACAAUGUUUUCAUAUACAUUGGUUGCUAAUACUCUCUUAUAUUCUGCCACUAUCUUGCCAGUCUUUCCUCUUUGCUCUUAGCAAUUGUAUGUAUGAAUGCAGACUGUACUACUUCUCAGUCACAGAAAGGAUGUUCCCAGCAACUGCUAAGUCAGUGUGGGAGAGCUAUUAUAAUCAACGGUGAAAUCAGCUCCAGAGCAUGAGACAUGCUCUUCACCCUCCUCCUGCCCACGUCAGUUGAACAUCCAGGUCCCCUCAGUAAAAUUAUCUUCCUCCCGAACAUUGAAGAACCUGUUGGAAAGUUAUUCUGAAACUUCCCCAUCAAGCUUUGUUGCAGGUGGAAUUUACAGAAAAAGCUAUGACUAAAUGAGACCUGCUGGUCAUAACACCAUAGCUAACAGCCCACUUCAACUCAGUGUCUAAGUCACAGCCUAAUCCUACAUUGUCAGUACCUGCUUUCCUCACCACUGAGUAGAACUCCUGGUGGGUUUCCAUCUCCCAGAAUUCUCUAGCAUUAAAUGACAUGUUGUCACUAAUCCUAACACAUGUAUUCUGAAUUCAUGCACAAAUUGUUUUCUCAAAAGACCAGCCUUCUUGGUGUUGUGUCCUUACAUGGGACUCCCAGUUUCCAUUGUGAAAGAGAAAAAUUUUGGCUUUCAAAGAUACAAAAAGGAGUUAUAAAACAGGACUGAUAAUGCCUCAAAGAAGCAAGCUCAAUCCCAUUCACACGAAACAUUAUUUUUUAAAAUCUACUGAGUUUAGGGAGUCCAACACAUCAUUUUCUAAGCGGGUUGCAAAGGCUGAAGACCGUUUCAACUGUAGUUUCCUUUGGAAAAGCUGGUUACACAGACACACUUCUGUGCCCCCAACACCAGUCACCCCAAUUGUUUUUUGGGGGGAGGGGGAGGGGAAGCAGGGAAUUGUCUAAAGGUCCUUUCCACUGGAGACCAAAAAAAUGCUAAAGCUUUCAUAUGGAAGGUGGAAAUUUAGUGCAAACUGUCAUCCUAAAGCAGGACACAGCUACAUCUUCUGUGUGUCCAACACCUUCUUUUUAAGGUGGCCCACCCCUUCAAAAUAGGCAAUGAUAUGUUAUCAUUUUAGGGAGACUGUCUCUGAACCUCUAUGUUGGUCAGCUCCUUUCCAGUAGUGUGGACACAGCAGCUCUGAAACAGUGAUACAGGGAAGUAUCUGUCACAGCAGGCCUUUGAAACAGUCAGACAAGUAUGUGUUAGGUGUGAGAUACAUAUGGCUGAACUUGCCCUAAGAUGGAGGGAUGGACUAAGCGACUUUCCGAGGCCCCUUCCAAGGCCUGUGUGCAAGGGGUGUAAACCCAUCCCAAGAACAUGCACCAUUCUGAAGCCAUAAUCACAUCAUUUGCCUUCCCAAGCCUGGGGGACACUUGGCCUUUGCAAGGAAUGGGAGCUCCAGCCAGCCGUUAUCCCAGAGGCUUGCUCCUUCUCUCACCACUACAUGGUGAGUUACAGAACUGAAGACUAUUCAGCUGCCUACAUAGAUUUACAGUCCUUCUUUAUAAGAAAUUCAAUUGGAAAAUGCCAGGAUAUACCUGGAAAGUAAUGGAAAUUAUGGCAUCCAGCAAAGUGUUUGUAAGAAUUGGAGCAGGGACGGACAACAGGUUUAUUGUCUCUCAGGAAAAGAAAAUAAAUCCCCUCCCUUUAUUUUCUUGCUAGUAAAUUGAAUGCCACAACCAAAGCUGCAAACUGCUUAUCCUCAAAUGCCUGCACUGUCUGAGAACUCUGUUGGACUCCUCAUUUUCUGCACACUGUCCCUCAUACACAGAAAUGCAUCUGACAAGUCCUGCCCCAUGGGAGAGCUUCCUACCACCAGCAGAUAUGCUAACCUGCCACUGAGUGCGAUGCAGCAAACACUACUUGUUGCUGCACAGGAAGGAACAACUUCUAAUUCCAACUCUUUGAAGUGUGCUGGCUGUGCAGGACAAAGAGGUGUUAGUUACCAUGGAACUAUAAUAAAGUAACCACACCUCUCCUGAGAAGGAGCCGCAUCAGCUCUGUCUCUGAGCAGACAUACAUGCUGUAGAAAAUUGUGGCCAGCGGAAGUGCCAUCAGUAGCCAGCCUUUAAAUCACCACUUUGGUGUUCAGGGCAUGAAAAGAAGUGGGGAAGGCACCUUCUGGCCAAGGAACAGUACAGAAGUCCUGAUACACUUUGUUAAGACAAUUCUCAUCUUUUUCUUUUGUGUGCAAGGAGAAUGGGAGCGAAAUACAUCUGCAAGUCCCUUUAAGUACUAUAAGCAAAACAAAACUGUUAGGAAAAACCCUCAAACACUACUAUUUUCCCGCUCCAAUGGUUUCAAGAGCUGUAGAGCUUUGGGGAUCAGAUGUUCUGUAGUACCAGUAUCCUCUCAGCUCUGCUUUCCACAGUGCAGCAUGCCGGUGCUUGCAUGGUGCACAGCAACAUUAUUCUCAGGCCAACAGGAGAAGAGGGCUAGGCUGCACAAGUUAUACUUGCUCUGUCCAACACUCACAUGUUUUUGCCCCAUUUUCUUUAGAGAUGGCUCAUAGAAAAAUGUCCUCUCUCUUGCACUAGCUCUUUCCUGUUUCUUCUAAAAAAUUAGCAGUCCAACAGUGGAUCAAUUUGACUUUCCUUCCUUGGAAAUCACUUGACCUGUGUGGCAAAGUCUGUUUUGUAUAAACAAGUUCCAACCAUUUGUAUCCCUUUGUGCUUGUGUUGCUAAUAAAGGUUUCCAUUGGGCAUGGACAA